AUUACCGAAGUUAGACGGGAAAAGACCGAAAUGUUGAGAUUGUGAUGUACAUAAUCACUACAUGUAAAGAUUUAUAGCGAGGAACACAAACUAUGCAGAGUUUGAGAAGAAAAAAGGGGAAAUAACUCAAAUUUGACUGAUGAAGCCGACUUUAAAUGAUCGAUCAUGUCUGACUAUAAAUCUAAACUUGGUGAUAAGGGAUUCUGUAACUGGAUCAAAGCUAGCCUCGCGAUAUCUGUCACUAAAGCGGGAAUGCAAGAUGUCGUCUGCAAUAAGCUGGAAACCAUUCACCGUACAGUUUUAGAUGAGGUUCGGUCAGAAGAACAAAAGCGCAAUAAUAUAUACUGUUUCGGCUGUGUUACAUUGAGCGUUGUCCCGUGCUCGAGAUUGUCCUGUAAUUACGUCUCUAAGACUUGUCCAUUCCAUAAACAAUACCAGCCACGCCCAUGUCGAAGCGGAAUCUGUGAUCAGAUCAGACAGAAAAUAUGCGACAGUCAUGUAUAUAGAAAACCGUCAUGGAAGAAUACACAUGCAGAAUAUUGGUGUAACUCGUACUGGGAAUAUGCUAAAUGCUUUAUGCCACCUGACGGUUAUCUUGACAAGAAAUCGUUUGAUGACACCGAUUUUAAUGGCGUCGUCAACAUAUUGAUGAAUCAUUUGGAUUUUAAGAGAGACGUAGACAUCUGCGUCUGUGAAAAUGCACGAAGUACUGUAAAUAGUGUGAGACAUAAUGGCGAGCUAUCUCUAACCGACCAGCAACUAGAAGAUGUCGUCUGCGCACUACAACAACUUCUACAAUGCAGCCAAGAUUUCAAAAACAGUUCUCAGUCGUUGGACGCUCGAUUGAAAUUAGACAUGUUGAAGGAUGAUUCCAUCACUAUCACAGAGGGAGAUGUCAACCAGUGUCUGCAAAAUCAAUAUAAUGCUUUAGUGAAAGAUCUAAAACAUGACAUCAUCCAGUAUAUCAAAGAUCAACACGGCACAACAUCUAUCUCUCCAGUGCUUGAGGAGAUUGACAGUCCAUUGCUAGAAUUCUAUGUUCCACCCACAGUAACCAUCGCGAAAUCUGGUGACAAAAAAGGAAAUUCUGACCAAGGCGCUUCUUCUUUACCGUCAGCUAAGGACAUAUUUUAUGGACAAAAUGAACGUUAUCGCGAGAUUUACCUGUGUGCGGACGCUGGCCUUGGGAAAACCGUGUUUGGAAAACGUCUGGCUUUAAUAUGGUGCCAAGCAAACGAAACGGAGCAAAAGGAAUGUCACUUUACUCAGGACGAGGAGGACAUUAUGAAAGAGUUUGAUUUUGUGUUUUACAUUUCCCUGAAAGAAGCGGACCCUGUACUUCUUGACGUUGAUGAUAUUGUACAACAACAGAUUAUUAGAAACCUUGCACGUGCUUCUAGCUACAGAAGAGAAUUUAUAGAGAAAGUGUUAACACAAGAGAAUUGCCUCAUUGUGUUGGAUGGCCUCGAUGAAUGGUCACACCCAAAGGAACAUAUUCCAUUUAGAAAACCAAGACAAAACUGCGCAUUUUUCACUACAACUCGGCCUUGGAAAUUCACUGUUGCAAGGAUACGGCAAAGCAAAAUAGACCAGCAACUAGAAAUGAAAGGGAUCGACUUUGCUGGUAAACAAAAGCUGAUGUCUAAUUUAUUGAAAGCCAGUUUUGGUGAAGAAGCUGAAAGUGAAUCUGAGUUACAGCUGAAAGGUUUUGACGAGGCGGUGAAUAAAAGAAACAUCACUGGCUUUGAGAAUAGUCCAAUGUUGCUGUUGUACUUGAUGUGCCUAUGGUUGGACGAGAAACCUAUGGGUGAUUCCCGAUGUGGUUUAUAUUGUAACAUAGUAGAACUUUUGCUGCAGAAAUUUCUGACCAAGCAGCCGAUACCAGCGUCACGAAACACGAUAAAACAACUGCCGGAAUGUUUCAAAGACAACGAGUAUUGCUGUAGAUAUGCACCUUUUAUAGAAGACAUAUCUCACUUAGCUUUCAUUACGCUCUUCAACCAAGAUAUCGAAAAUAAGUUUGUUUUUUCUGAAAAGCUGACAAAGAAAGCAAUGUCGGCGGAGUGCUUAGAGUUUUGGUUGAAAGCAGGGAUCCUGACGCAAGUCAAAGGUCAAAGAAGCCUCACAGCUCGUGACACUCGUGUGUUCUUUAUUCAUAAAACGUUUCACGAGUUUUUCGCUGCUGUACACCUAGCACAUACGGAGCAAGAUGAUGCGGCUGACGUCGUGGUUAAAGGAUGCCCAGAUUUGAAUUCUGUGUUACCCAAUUCAAAUUUCCUUGUAUUCCUCUGUGGACUUAACCCUACUGUGAGCAGUAAAGUUUUGAACAGUAUAGUUGCCACACUUUCAAACGACGCCCUGACGGAGAGGCUACGGAACAACACGUACUCGUUUGUUGACUACUGGGAGAUAUGUGAAUUGAAAGAAAACUUUCAGAAUAUGAUGGUUGCCUGCGUGAAUGAAUGUCGUGACAAUGGCUUUGAGCCUCAUUAUCAGCUGGAAGAUGUUUUGCUGAAUUUCGAUAACGAUGUGGAAAAUAAAUAUGUCAAUGCAUUAUGUGACCUGACAGAAACCAAAAAUGUUAAGUCUGUAAAAUUCGGAGGAAAGCUAGCACAAGCAAAAGUACAUGAAUUAGUGGAAUACCUUGAAAUGCGUGAUAUGAAUUCGCUACAAAAACUAGAACUGUGGGGUCAUCCGAGUAAAGAAGAUGUUGAGGUCCUUCUAGCGGCAUCUCUGAAAACCCUGAAAUGUUUACUUAUUCAUGGAGGAAUGAAUAAUGAUGAAAAGUACAUUGAAAUUUCUGAAACAAGUUUGAAUAUGUUACAAUCAUUGAGGAAUAUUAGAUGUAUUGACAUGUUUUGUAUUACUUUGAAGCACGACCUAAUUACAAAGCUUUUCAACUGGUUGGAACAGAAUAAAGAGAUGACUCAGAUUAAAAUUGCGCGUGUCAAAUGCGCUGACCACGUUGAUGAUGACUGUAUGUCCGGGCAGUUCGUGUUUGAUCUUUCAGGGCACAAGAACCUCAAGAUCAUCGGGCUUGGGGACAUGUUUGCUUCAGGGGUGAAGGUCAACUCGUCAGCUUUAGAGGAAUUCUGGGCAGACCAUAAUGAACCUAUUUUGUCUUCUUUCUUAACAAGUUAUAUCACCUCAGCGGCAAAUCUACACACCUUUGUAGUCGAGUUUAUUAACUCGAAAGAUACAGUUGAUCAGAUUCUAGACACAUUGCCUCGUUUAUACAAUCUCUGUCACCUACAAUUAAAAGGAAUGGACCUUCGAGACAAAGAGUUGACUUUAACAACACGGCGCACUGUUAAACAUAUACGACUUAUUGAAAUUUCGCUGGAAAGUCGGGCACUGAAGAAACUGAUCGACGAGCUAGGAACAUACAAACAUUGUGUAACUAUGGAGAUCGCAUCGUGUGAUGUUAAGCAAGGAACCGGUGAUGGAAGUGUCAGCUUUGAAGACCUUAGACAAAUGAUAGAGCUCUCUACGGGAAAGUUUACAGUUAUUUCAAACCUGAGAUGUUCAGGUCAUGAUGAUGCAUUUGCAUUUCGAACAAUACUUCAGAAGUGACACUUUAUUGUAAAUGUGAAAUUCAGGACGUUUUGUCUUAAAUGUAAUGAACGAGUUAAAUGUAAUGAAUUUAAAAGUAAUGAAGUUAAAUGAAAUGAACAAGUGAAAUGUAAUAAAGUUAAAUGAAACAAACACGUGAAAUGUAACGAAGUUAAAUGCAAUGAACGAGUUAAAUGUAAUAAAGUUAAAUGAAACAAACAAGUGAAAUGUAACGAAGUUAAAUGCAAUGAACGAGUUGAAUGUAAUGAACAAGUGAAAUGUAUCGAAGUUAAAUGUAAUUAACAUUUAAAAUGGAAUGAAGUUAAAUGUAACGAACACGUGAAAUGGAAUUAAGUUAAAUGUAACGAACAAGUGAAAUGGAAUGAAGUUAAAUGUAACGAACAAGUGAAAUGUAAGGUACGAGUGAAAUGUAAUAUCGGACAUAUUUUGUGUCAUGUUUGAGGUACUAUAGUAAAUGUAAUUUAGGUAGUAUUUGCCGUGAAUGUAAUGCACUAAUAAAAAGUAAAGUCGGCGUCUUGUCCACAAAAUGUUCAAUGUUGUAAAUGUGAAAUUUAGGAUGUUUUGCCAUAAAUAUAAUGAACGAGAUAAAAUGUAAUAUUCAACGUCUUUUCCGCAAAAUUCGAUGAAGUAUUUGUCAAAAAUGUAAUAUAUGAUUUAAUGUAAUGUCGUAAGUCUGUUACACGAAAUAUGAUGUCAUACAUGUAUAUUAGGGUUGUGUUAUAAGGUUACAGACCUAAAUGUUAUCUUGGCAAUAUCUCAUGUUAUUCGUGGCAUAAAGUUUGAACGAGAUUAAUUUUGUUGUGUUCAGUGAAGAAGAUGAAUAAAAAUUUGUAACAUUUUACACAAUUUUUCUCUUUAAUGGCAGAUUUUGCCGAGUUGUCUCUCACUGGGUAGCAUGAAAAUCACCAUUUUUAUGGUAAUUAAGUUGAAUUGGUUCAUAAUGGAAGACCUGUGAAACAAAAAAUAAUUAAGGUGGUCACUGAUUGAAAUUAUGUAGUAAUGACAGCUGAGGCGUUCCAUAGU